UCUAAACCCCUGCUGUCCCCUCUCCCCUUAUGACUCGGGCACCCCGCAUUGAGCACGUGCUCGUGGUAGUACACUCCCAGGUUAAGCCAGAGCCAGGACUGGAGGGAGGGAACCAGGAAGGGAGGAGUGCUUGCCCAGCAACCCAUGGCAACCCCACAACACAGGCAAGGGGCCCUUAUCCUCCCACCUGCCCAUCAGGACUGUGGAGCUAGGAGAGAGCUCGGAGGCCAAAGGCUGCAGGUGACUCAGCCCUUAAUCUCUAAGCACCUAGGAAUCCACACAGCCCCGGACUAUUUGAUUCACCUGUCCCAAAAACACAGUGUGGGUCUUCCAGGCGGCAGGUCCAUGGCUGGCAGGCCUGUGCUCUCCGGACUCCAGGAGGAGGAGACUGCCAAAGAUCCUGGGCCGAAACUGUCACCGGUGCGGCCCCCAGGCCGCCUGCCCAGCAUUGAUGAGGCCCGACCAGCAGGCCCGGGCCCGGCCUCCCGCCGCAGCUCCAUACUGGGCCUGGUCUCGUCCUUUUCACGCCGCAACUCACUGGCCGGACCAGGCCCGGGUCCCGGGGUUCGGCGUCCGUCGCUGGGCCCCGUGCCCCCUCUAGGUUCGCGGGUCAGCUUCUCGGGGUUGCCCCUGGCGCCGACGCGUCGCCUGGCGCCCUCUUACCGCAUGGAGCCGGCGCCAGGGCAGCGCUGGGAGGUCGCGCGCGCGCAGCGGGCACUGGAGGCGGCGCUGGCCGCGGGGCUGCGCGACGCGCGCUACUCGGGCGCCGAGGCCGGGCCGCUGGCGCGGGAGCUGUGCGAGCUGGUGCGCGUGCGCGUGCGCGAGCUCAGCCCGCCGCGCUACAAGCUGGUGUGCAGCGUGGUGCUGGGGCCGCGCAGCGGCCAGGGUGUGCGCGUGGUCAGCCGCGCGCUCUGGGACGCGGCGCGCGACGGGCUGGCCUCCGCCACGUUCACCAACGCCACGCUCUUCGCCGUGGCCACGGUCCACGGGCUCUACUGCGAGUGAGGAGGCCUCGAGAUUCUGCAAAACCGUUUAUUCUCCCAGGAAAAAGCCUUCCCUGGGGCCCCCAUCUGAAUAAAUAAAUGUCUGUCAAUAAAUAAAA